AUGAUGCUGCUGGUGGGGCAGCAGACCUGCUCCCUGCGGUUGCGGCGGCUGCUGCUGCGGCUAAUAACUCGGCGGCUGGCAGCUGCAGCAGCUGCUGCAGCUGCAGAAGACGAGCAGGAUAGCAGCAGCAGCAGCAGCAGCAGCAGCAGCGAAGAUGAGGAGGAAGACCUAAGAGACCCACAGCAGCAGCAGCAGCUGCUACAGCAGCUGCAGCAGGCGUACAUAUCUGUUGCUGUAGGUGAUGUAACUGCAGCAAAGCUGCUGAACUACAGGGAAGCCCUGGGCUUCUGUGUGCUGGGCUGCACAGGCUGCUGCUUGCUGCUGCAGCAGCAGCAGAAGCAAAUCGGCUACGGGGGCCCCCUGCUGCUGCCCAUAGACAUUCUCACAGGUUUGGGCAUUGCGAGGCCCUCACCCCACAGGCUCGUGGAGAGCGAGGAGUUGCUGCUGCUGCUGCAGCAGCUUGAGCAGCAGGAGCAGCAGCUGGAGCAGCAGCAGCAGCAGCAGCAACCUGAUGACGCUGCUGCACUCGCCCUAGACAGCAGCAGCAGCAGCAGGGCUCUUGUCUCCGCGUUUUCUAUGGAGUCACUGCUGCAGCAAAGCCAAAGAAGCUACAGAGGAGUGCUUUACAAAAGAGAAGAAGAUGCAGAGCAGCAGCAGCAGCAGCAGCAGCCGCAAAUCCUUCAAGGGAGGCACGGCAUCGCCAGUGGCUAUGCUGACGAGCAGCAGCAUCAGCAGCACCAGCAGCAACAAUAG